AUGGCGGCCUCUCUCGCGACCAAGCGGCCGUUCCUCACCUUGCCAUUUCUUCUUCCCUCGUUGUCGGAUUCACUGGCAUUAGGAUUCCGACGAAACCAAUCUUCAUACCGACGAACCAAGCAACGACUACGUGUGAAACCAGAUUCCUCUUUCAGCCCAUCCACCUUGGAACAUGAUCACAUUAUCCACAACCCGCCAUCCAGUGCUCCCAAUGUCUACCACACCCCAUCCAAAUUUUUGCCUGCCGAUGACGUUCGCAAAGCCUCAAGUCUUUCUUCCACCGCAACGGUCAAUGUUGACGAACUCCCCGGAGUCUACAAGUCUAUGCCCGAAAGAAAAUAUCACCUCACCCCUUCAGACAUUGAAGAAAUCCGCAAACUCCGCUUGAAUGAUCCCAUGACCUGGAGCCGGAACAAGCUCGCCAAACGCUUUGACUGCUCGCCCGUUUUUAUUGCCAUGGUUUGCCAGGCAAGCCCUGAGAAGAGGGAGAUCCAGGCCCGUGUUUUGGAGGCAGUGCAGUCGCGCUGGGGUCCCAAGCGACGCAUGGCCAGAGAAGACCGUCAAUUGCGGCGGGAGGCCUGGGGACGUGAUGCAUAG